CCCAUCUCCCUUUUUCAACUCAGCAACGAGGGGGAGCAGUGAAGGACAGUGCUGAAUAGACUUCCUGUUCAACCGACGUCCUGCACUUGCUCCUUUCUGUUUCUGGCAGCUCGUUUUCCCUGUCACCUUUUUAUUCGGUUCGAGUCUGCCGGCACGCUUCGAAGGCUGAGCGAUAUCUUGCUUUGGUACGGACGGUAUUCCACGAGCGCGCAACACGACAAGCGAGCGAAACAACCUGCACCUGUCUCCCUCACCAUCCUCCUCCUUCUUCUCCUCUUCCUCCUCUUCUUCACCGACCUUUGAGCCAUAUUCCUGGGGUUCUGCUCUCAAACUCCUCCCAGCGACCACCUUGAAUAGCUUAGGCGGCUAUCGCUCAUACACCUACCGGUCUCAAUCUUUGCUAUGAUGGACUCUGCAGCGGCAGCAAUGGAGAUUUCCCACCAUGACGCACCGGUUUCGCUGAAGAAGAGCCGUACUGCCGCACUAGAGGCUAUGGAGGACAUUGUCUACGGUUCCGUCGCCGGCGUCGUUGGUAAAUACAUCGAAUACCCAUUCGACACAGUCAAGGUCCGCCUCCAGUCCCAGCCUGACAACCAGCCCCUACGCUACAAGGGCCCGCUCGACUGCUUCCGCCAGUCCAUCAAGUCCGAGGGCGUCCGAGGGCUCUACCGUGGCAUCAGCGCGCCGCUCGUUGGUGCCGCUCUCGAGAACAGCAGCUUGUUUUUCUUCGAACGCAUCGGCCGCGCCGCUGUAUACUCAUCCGGCUGGACCCCCCAGGGUCAGGAGCUGUCCCUCUCCGCGCUCUGGUUCACCGGUGCCUUCUCCGGUUUCUUCACAUCCUACGUCCUCACCCCCGUCGAGCUCGUCAAGUGCAAAAUCCAAGCGCCCGCCUGCGCCGACGCCGUGGCGGCGCCGCAGUUGCGCCCGCUGCCCGUCAUCCGCGACAUCUACCGCCACUACGGCAUCCGGGGCUUCUGGCACGGCCAGAUGGGGACCCUGAUUCGCGAGUCGGGAGGCUGUGCGGCGUGGUUCGGCAGCAAGGAGACGGUGACCAAGAUGUUCCACGUCCUUAACGGGCGGGCGGUCAAGACCCAGGCCGAGAGGGAUGCGCUGGCCUCGAACCCGCUGCCGCUGUGGCAGCAGGCGCUGGCUGGCGCCUCGGGCGGCGUGUCGUACAACUUCCUCUUCUUCCCCGCCGACACUAUCAAGUCACGCAUGCAGACGGCGGCCAUCGGAGACGCGGCGUCCAGGAGGACGUUUUGGCAGGAGGGCGCGUUGGUGUGGCAGCAGCAUGGGCUGAGGGGGCUGUACCGGGGGUGUGGCAUCACCUGUCUGCGUUCAGCGCCCAGCUCGGCCUUCAUUUUCAUGGUUUUCGACGGCCUCAAGCGACAUUUUCCUCUCCAAUAGACUUUUCUAUGUCUUUGCUUCUCGGGGUCUUUUUUUCUCUUUCAUUUUUGGGGUUUUCUCUCUUUGAUAUCCUAGACUUGGGUGGCGGUCGUGGUCAUUGCGGUGGUAGAAAGAAUGGGCUUUUCGAUUUGUUCGGCACGGCAUUUAGAAAGGCGCAACGGGACAGUUUCUGGUCGUAUAUAUUACCUACAUACAUACUUCUUGGGCAGCAUGGCCUGGCUAGUGGGUGGCGGUCAUAAAAAAAAUAAGGGAGGGUAUGCAAGUGUGGAUCUUUUGUGUUAUUCUUGUCAUGCAUGGUCUCUGAAUAUUUCGAUGCAGCGGCUACUUGGGUCGGUCGGUGGUGCUACCCGAGGCUCUCAUGGCUCAGAUGAUACAGCAAAAGACACCGAUCAAGUACAUCUCUGUAUCCAAGUCUUUGUCGGCAAUGUGGCCGGCCUACCUAACUUCGGAGCGUUGGAAGAAUGGCUACAUAGGUCGAAGACUAUACUGUAACGCUU